GGAGGGCCGGGAGGGGGAGAGUCGCUGCUUCUCCGGCGGAGCGGAGGUGGCCUGAGCGGGGGUCGUCCGAGCCAUGUCUGCGGGGAGCGCGGGGCAGCGCGAGACGGGGGCCUCGGGAGGGCGUCGCAGCAAAUGGGAUCAGCCCGGGCCUUCUCCGGCUCUGUUCCUUCUUCCUGCUACGACUCCCGUGGCUGGCCGCCCCAUCCAAGGCAGCGGAGACGGAAUGUCUGGGAUGUCAGGGUCUGAGGGUUCAGCAGCCCCUUUGGGAGCCCUAGAUGCAGCCGCCGCAGUGGCAGCCAAGAUCAACGCCAUGUUAAUGGCCAAGGGGAAGCUGAAACCUACGUCCAAUUCAACAGACAAGCUCCAGACUCCAGGGAAAGGCCCGGCCACAAGCAAAAGCAAAGAUGACCUAGUUGUUGCAGAAGUGGAAAUCAACGACGUGCCCCUUACAUGCAGAAACCUCCUGACCAGAGGACAAACUCAGGACGAGAUCAGCAGGCUGAGCGGCGCAGCGGUCUCCACUCGUGGCAGGUACAUGACUGCGGAAGAGAAAGCAAAAGUUGGACCCGGAGAUCGUCCGCUGUACUUGCAUGUCCAGGGUCAGACGCGAGAGCUGGUGGACAGAGCCGUCAACCGAAUUAAAGAGAUAAUUACGAACGGCGUUGUGAAAGCCGCGACAGGGUCCAGCCCCACUUUCAACGGAGCCACCGUCACCGUCUACCACCAGCCUGCCCCCAUCUCGCAGCUGCCCCCGGCUGUUGGACAGAAGCCCCCGUUCCAGUCCGGAGGAAUGCAUUACGUCCAGGACAAGUUGUUUGUGGGCCUGGAACACGCCGUGCCGACCUUCAGCGUCAAGGAGAAGGUUGAAGGCCCAGGCUGCUCCUACUUGCAGCACAUCCAGAUCGAGACCGGCGCCAAGGUUUUCCUGCGCGGGAAAGGAUCUGGGUGCAUAGAACCUGCCUCAGGCCGGGAAGCCUUUGAGCCAAUGUACAUUUACAUCAGCCACCCAAAACCAGAAGGUCUUGCAGCUGCCAAAAAACUGUGUGAAAAUCUACUGCAAACUGUUCAUGCUGAAUACUCACGAUUUGUGAACCAAAUAACCACGGCCGUGCCCUUAACAGGGUUUGCGCAGCCUGCAGCUAUUGCCACCGUUCCCCCUCAGCCGCCGUAUUACCCGCCCAACGGCUUCCAGGCAGGCUACCCCGUGGUUCCACUGCCUCAGCAGCCAGUUCAGCCCCCCUAUGGCGUGCCGGGCAUCGUGCCUCCCGCGGUUCCCUUGGCGCCGGGUGUGCUGGCGCUGCCCACCGGAGUUCCGCCCGUGCCCACCCAGUACCCGAUCACACAAGUGCAGCCUCCAGCUAGCACCGGACAGACUCCUCUGAGCACCCCUUUCCUUCCGGCCGCCCCCGUGAAAACAACCUUGCCAGCCGGUGCGCAGCCGCAAGUUCAGCCGCAACCCCAGCAGGGCCAGAAGAGGCGAUUCACCGAAGAGCUGCCGGACGAGCGGGAAUCCGGGCUGCUGGGAUACCAGCAUGGACCCAUUCAUAUGACUAAUUUAGGUACAGGCUUCUCCGGUCAGGCCGAGAUGGACGGAGCAGGGUCGAAGCCAGCGGGUUCCUCAGGAAAGGAGAGAGAGAGGGACAGGCAGCUGAUGCCUCCACCGGCUUUGCCAGUGUCGGGAAUGAAGGCGGAUCCCGAGGACAGGAACGGGUCCUUAGUGGGCGGCAACGAUCAUCCAGCAAAGAAGAUGAAAACCGGCGAGAAAGGGUUCGGCCUAGUGGCUUACGCCGGCGACUCUUCAGACGAAGAGGAGGACCACGGAGGUCACAAAAACGCAAGUGGUUUUUCGCAGACGUGGAGCUUGGGGUACCAGUACCCGUCGUCACAGCAACGGGCUAAUCAACAGAUGCCGUUUUGGAUGGCGCCGUAGCCGC